AUGGUUGAAGAAGGAGAAUUUAAAAAGAUUAAUGGUGGAACAUUUAAGCCUAAACUUAGUGAAACAGAUUCAUAUUUCAAUGCAUUUUCUAAAUUCGUCUAUGCAUUUUCAAAAGAUAAUUAUAUUAUCACUCAUCUUUAAAUUUGUGGAAAAAAAGUUCAUGAUAUGAUAGUAAGUACUAAUUAUAAAGGAUUAUUCUCAACUCUAGAUUAAGGAAAAACUGAAAUUGGAUCAUUUUUAGGAACCAUAAAUAGUGAACCUGCAAAUUUGAUUAACUUACAUUGGAAUAAAAUUGUCGAAGAAAUUGCUAAGGAAGGAUUUAAAUGA